GAUUAAUCCAAAACGAGGAUCAAAUCACACUAUCCAAAUCUAAACACCAAACCAAACCAUCUCUCUCUCUCACAAUCACACUUUUCAUUCUCCACCGUCGGAUCACCAACAUCUAGAACCUUCCAUUCCUCCCCCACUCUAUUUCCCUUCCCAUCUCUCUCCAACUCCACCACGCGCUCAUUUCCACCAUGAACGUAACCGGAGAAAAACUACUAAACCGUCCUAAGAGAAAACCAACCUUCGAUUUCCACACCUUCCCACCACCUUCGGAAGUUAACUUCUCCGGCGAACCAUUCCGGACGAAUGUACGUUCGUUUCUAACGAAGCACGCGCUUCUCCCUCCACAAUCCGCACUUUUCCCUCACUUGCUGACGUGGCAGAUCAUGUUCAGAAUCGGCGGUGACGACUCAAAUGCGGUGGUGGAGGAUGGACUGGAACCGGUUGUAUGCCUUGAUGUUGUUGAAGAGGAUGUGGCUAGAUCUAGAUCUGUGUACUGUGAUCAGUGCCGAGUUGUUGGUUGGAGUGGACACCCGGUGUGUGGGAAACGUUACCAUUUUAUCAUAAAGGCUGAUGGGAGCUCUAUUGGUGGGUAUCACAAGCCAUGCAUGUGCUGUGGAGAUAUCUUGCGUUUGUCAGAAUCCAAGUGCAAGUCUUGCAACCAUGUGAUAAGCACAGAUGAUGUUGAAGAUUGGGUGUACCAACAAUUGGAGAGCACUACUCAUCUUUUACAUGGUGUGGUUCAUGCCAAUGGUUAUGGGCAUCUUCUUCGUGUUAAUGGAAGAGAAGGAGGCUCAAGAUUUCUUUCUGGCUCCCUUAUCAUGGACUUCUGGGAUCGGCUCUGCAAGACACUUGCUGUCAGAAAAGUUAGUGUGAUGGAUGUUUCAAAGAAAUAUGGGCUUGAGUACCGUUUGAUCCAUGCCCUCAUGAGGGGACAUCCCUGGUAUGGUGAAUGGGGUUAUCAAUUUGGCUCUGGUAGCUAUGGUCUCACACAGGAAGCAUAUAAGACUGCUGUUGAAAGCUUGUCCAACUUACCCUUGUCCGUUUUCCUCUCUGAGGGCUGGAAGCCCCACUCUUGUGUGCAAGGCAUCAUCUCAUUUUACCAGUCUUUGUCGGAGCAUCAGCUUGUAAAUAUAAGAGACCUCUUCCGUCUUCUGAUGAGUUUGCUUCAUGACUCUAUCAAGACUUCAUCAAAGGCUGAAAGUAUCACCUGUAAGAAGCGCAGCUUUGACGCCAUGGGAGUGUCAUGUUCCUGGGGACAGAGUGAUGUGGUACGUGUUGAGGAAGCCAUGCUCAGAGUGCUGCGUGCUGUGUCUCGCUCCAAUUGGGUGAGCUCACGAGCUCUUAAGGGUUCUGUCUACAAGGUGGCCUCUUCAGAGCUGCUUGAUUACUGCCUUGGAGAACUCGGUGGAAAGGUGGUCUUGGGUUCAAUGAUUGUUAAUACCCGACACAAUCCUGAGACUGGAGCUUUGGAGUACAGACUUGAGGCUGCAAACAAUUCUUGUGAUGGAAAAACAUCAAACAAUUAUUCUUUAGGCUCAAAGCGUCCAUCUAAAGAGAGCCUCCUAUAUGACUUGAAAUAUUUGUACGGGUAUUUGCUCAACUCUCCGAUGAUGCAGAACUGUGUCCCUGAGGGAAUACAGAUUCCUGUAAUGAGCUCAGCUCAGAAACUUCUUAACUGUAAGCAGCUAGUAAAAGAUUAUAGGCCAGAGAUGUUGCCAAUGAAAGAUUUUUACAAAAUACGCUUCUCAUGUCACGUGGAACUUAUCGACGAAAGUGAAAAUCCCACAAUUCCAGCAGAACUGGUUGUCCUACCCAUAAAUGCAACCAUAUCCGACCUUAAAAACGAAGCAGUAAAUGCUUUUGAAGAUGUAUAUCUCAUGUUCAGAAGAUUUGUAGUCGACGGCUUACUUGGCUAUAACGAUGUAGAUGAUUCCACACAAAUCAAACUCUUGUUAGGAUCAGCAGAAGUGGUUUGCAUCCGAGGACGAUGCAUCAGCAAGAAUGGAUUGAGCAAGUUCAAAAUGGAACGGGGACUUGAGAGGUGGACUGUCGAUUGCAGCUGUGGUGCUAAGGAUGAUGAUGGUGAGAGAAUGUUGGCUUGUGAUAAAUGUGGAGUGUGGCAGCAUACUAUAUGUUCUAACAUUCAUGAUUCACAACCUGUUCCCACCCAUUUUACUUGUCCAAAAUGUAGAAACCCUAAUUUGAAACCUAAAUCAAUUGGGAAUUGCAAAGAUGAAACUCUGGCUAACAUAAGUGGUAGUAGCAGUUGCUUUGGUAAGGGGUUACCAGUGCCUUCUGAUGUUCAUUGAGACAUGACUAGAUAUGCAGUUUCAUGAAUCUUGGCCGUUUAUCUGUGAUCGAAAUGACGUAGUACUGAUUUCGGUAGUUUCACAUAGUAUUAGAUCUCAACCAUACAUCUCAGAUCAGUCGGUCCAAAUCAGUUACUGCACGGACGCAGUAACUGUGUGGAAUCCAAUUCCCUAAAUAUGUGUAUAUAAAAAAGUCGUUUUUGUUUUCGUUUGGCCUGAAUGAAGUGUGUAUAUAACAGAAAGGCCUAAUAGGUGCCAUUAGGUUUAGGGUAUGCCAUGUUUGGUUGUUCGCAUUUCAGGUUCUAGCUUUGUUUAUCAUGUGCAUAUUCAGUUUACUUUGGGGAAAGUGUUUUUAUUUUAAAAGGGUGAUAAAUUAUUAUGUGGUCUAGCUGAUAGCUACCACGGCCUGGUUACUAGACAUGAGUUUCAUCGUACACUCGAAAAAAUAAUACUGAUUUUCUGUUGUUCAAAAGUAAA